AUGACACACUCAACUGAACCCAUCGAUCCGGGACCCUCCUCCCACGAACUCGAGGAUUGGCCUCCUCAGUUCGAAACAGAUGCGCAAAACACCGCCACGAACACUCCCGAUUACCAACGAAGCGCAACCCCAGUAUCCCCCGAAAGACACGGUAGACCUAGAGUCCGAUUCGAUAGUCGAGCAGCGGCAGCACCACCUCCUACGUCCACCGAACGACCCGCCGCAGCAGCUCCGGAACAACAGCGCUCCCCGCCAGGGCUCAAGAAACCAAGGCCUGUGUUGUCCAGAAACCCCAACUCGUCGAGCUCAGUGGUCUCUGAGGCUUUCUCAGACGAGUCUAUGAGCGCAGAGAAAGCCAAGUCGGCUGCAGAUGCUGCUCGGCGCGCCCAGGCAAUGGCCAUCGAGGCGUGGAAUGAAUCUACAACUACCCACGCACAAUCACAAGACGCAACGAGGCGGUGGUCAUCUGGGUCGGAGGCAUUCACCGAUCCGGAUUUCGCGGAGCGCGGUUAUACGAGCGACUACACUCGACUUCAGGAUUUGGAAGCAGGUCAGCAGAGAGAGGGAGAACCACAAGGGGGUUUCAAUGCCGAGGCAGCAAAUUUGCUCCGCGCUCACACACAAAUUCUACACAACAAAUCUACUGCGGCAGAGGAUGGAUAUACUGCUUCUGGGAAUCCCAGGGGUGGAGUGUUCUAUCAUAUUCUACAAGCGUACAGGACUCCUGCGUAUGAUCCCACUCAAUCAUAUAAAGUCGAGACGCCCGAAACUCCCGGAACUCCCAGGACACCAGGAACACCGCAAGGGGGACGCCGCAAGAAGUGGUACGACCAACCAGAGAAGGAUGCACAAUCCCAAGAGACUCUUGCUCGACUGAUUGGAGCAUCAACGAAACUUGCAAACCCCAACGACAGUAAACCUGCACCAACGGGUACGCCUGAAAUGAGGAAACGCAAGCACAAGAGGAACUCGAGUGGUCGCUUCAUGUCCAUGGUAGGCCUCUCCCAGGAACAUGAGGCUAAGAUUACGGUCCACGUCGCCGAUAUUCUUCAGCGUCAGAAAUAUCUGAUAAAGAUGUGUAAAGCACUUAUGUUGUUCGGCGCACCCACUCACCGCUUGGAAGAGUAUCUGACCAUGGCGGCGAAAGUUUUGGAAAUAGACAGCCAGUUUCUGUACAUCCCAGGCUGCAUGAUUAUUUCCUUCGGCGAUGUCCUCACUCAUACGACUGAGGUCAAGAUCGUGCGGACAGUCCAAGGCGUUAACUUGGGCAAACUGAAGGAUAUCCAUCAAAUCUACAAGGAGGUGCUACAUGAUGUGAUCAGCUUGGAGGAGUCUCUGACGAGGCUCGACACCAUCAUCAACGCCAAAGAUAGCUAUCCAACUUGGCUUUGUGUGUUGAUGUACGGUCUUGCAAGUACAGCAGUCUCCGUGUUCUUUAAGGCGCGCUUCAUCGACAUGCCGGUGAUCUUCUGUCUCGGCACCCUCCUGGGCGUUCUGCAGCUCUACAUCGCGCCCCUUUCAAAAACUUACAGCACCGUCUUCGAGGUCAGCGCUGCUAUCUUGAUAACUUUCAUUUCUCGUGCACUCGCAAGUCUACGAGGCGGCAAUCUUUUCUGCUUUUCUGCCUUGACACAGAGUGGCAUUGCGAUGAUUCUUCCCGGAUGGCUUGUUCUAUCCUCUUCUCUCGAGCUACAGUCCAAGGCAAUAGUGCCUGGAUCUAUUCGUAUGGUCUUCGCCAUCAUCUACUCACUCUUUUUAGGAUACGGUAUCACAGUCGGAACUGCACUCUACGGUGCAAUCGACAAAAACGCUACAAUGCAGACAGAAUGCGCUGCUCCCCUAAGCCCAUAUUGGAACUUCCUUUUCGUUCCUCUCUACAUCUUCUUCGUCACAUUCACAGUACAGGCCAAAUUGAAGCAAAUGCCAGUCAUGAUCCUAAUUGCAACAGCCGGCUACACCGUAAACUUCUUCAGCUCAAAGCGCUUCUCCGCCUCCGCACCCAUCGCCUACACAUUUGGCGCCUUCGCCGUCGGCGUGCUCGCAAACCUGUACAGUCGACUCCGCCACGGCGUCGCGGCCGCCGUCCUCCUCCCAGCCGUCUACGUCCAAGUCCCCGGCUCCCUCGCCUCGAGCGGCGCCAUCACCAGCGGAUUGCAGACCGCGACCCUCCUCACGGAUCCUUCGGGAACAGUAAGUACAUUGAACAAAGUGAAUAUUCACCAUACCAAAGCGAACACGAUGAUUCGCAGCAUCAGACCAUCCAGUAUGAUCCAAAUAGCAAUAGGAAUCACCGUCGGCCUCUUCAUGUCGGCACUAGUCGUCUAUCCGAUGGGCAAGCGAAGGAGUGGACUAUGGACUCUAUAA